UCACAACCUCACCUCGAAGGAAUCCAUCAUUCACACACCAGAAGUAUCUUCACCCCUUCGAGUCUCGGCUGCCCAGGGAACCAACUUGUCCACUUGGAACGCUUGGGCCGGCCCCCUUGUUCAUCCGCUCCGAAGUCCUGCCCAAUCAGAUCCUCACCGCAACCCAGCGACCACUUGACAUCACUCGAGCCGCUCGUCGACGGAUCAAAGCAACAGAGACGCUCGCCCUCCUGAGAAGAAGUUUCGUUGUCCCUAGCGCUUAACGGUUUCGCAAGAACCCAUUUUAUCUCUCCAAUUAGAUCUCCAUUUACCUUUGAACCCCCGCCUACCUUUUUCUAGCUACUGCCCACUUCCCCUGUUUCGAAAGUCAAAAUGUCCAUUCCCAAUGAAGCUCUUCAAAAGCUAGUCCAAGAGAUCGAAUCUCAAGCCAUUGCCUCGCAGCAGCAGAUCGGCCUGGUCAAGUCCCAAAUCACAUCAAAGCAGCGAGAGGUACGCCUCCUGGAACUCACUUCGAGCGAGGUGGGCCAAGUUCCGAAGGGAACCAAUGUAUACGAAGGUGUUGGUAAAAUGUUCGUCGCGACGCCUAUCGAUAAUGUCAAUAAACGAUUGUCAGAUGAACAGAAGGGAUUGAAGACGGAUAUCACGAAUCUCGAGAAGAGACUACAUUAUUUGGAGACGACAUUUAAAAAUAGCCAGAACCAGAUCGAGCAGAUUUUCCGGAGUGGCGGGAGAUCGUGAGGUGUUGAAUCUUCUCCUUUUUUCUUUAUAGAAGGAUCGUGGACAUUUACUGCAUAUGAAAACCUACGAAGCGUGAGCGCGGCCUCGACAAUAUUGGGAUGGUCGCCUGGGGGAGAAAGCUCGCCCUAGGUCUUAGCUGUCGAGGCAAUACUUUGCAAUCCGUGAACGUGGGAGUCUCUGCACAUAUUCUUGUUGGAGCGUGGAGAAUUAGAUCCAUUGAGUGAGAUUGAGCGAGAGGUGAUUGUUUUUGGCAAUCGAAUGUGCUGGGCUCCAAGUGGAAUGGAUGGGACUGUUCCAAUGACUUCUGUGACUUCGAGUGCCUGGCAUUAUGGAGCGUCUCAUGAAGCUCAAUGUGAUGUAGAAUGACUAUCAUUAUAUAUAUAUAUAUAUAUAUAUAUAUAUAUGUGUGUG